AUGUCUGAACUUGAGCAAAACAGCAACAACAAGCGUAAGGCGGACACAUCCGUGACUUCCGUGGCCGUGAAAGCCCCGCGGUACGCCCUGCGCAAGGACGCCAACGCUCAACGGCCCAAGGGGUCUGACCCGAACGCCGUCAAAGAGCCCUCCGCCGGGAAGCCGUCGACGCCCACCGACAAUGGACAACAGCGCGAAGCCUCAACGGUUGUAGUCACCGGUACCGAAGACCGCGGGCUCAUUGACAAGUCCCCGCCUGCGGACGCGAACAUACCCGCUACGACCACUGACACCACCCCGAACUCUGCCCCGACCGCGCCGACAACUCCGCGUCCCGCUGCCAAGAGCCUCUCCCUCCGCACCCCUCCUCCUACUCCGGCCGUUCACCCGCCGACGGGCAGUAGCGGAUCCUCUCAGACUGAGGUGAGCGACCGCGAAGUAGCGCGUUCGGGCACACUGCCUGCUUCGGACGGUGUGCGUGAGAGAGCAGACGGCGUAGGCCCUCGCACUCCACCGCCAACGCCGUCGAACCGCACGCGCCUUCCGUCUCCGGACUGGAUCUUGAGUCCUUCGCGUCAGCGCUACUCGCAAGCGCUCAUAACGCGUCUGCAAAACCUGCUGGACUUGUCGGACUCCGAGAACGGCCGCUACACCAUCGGCCGUCUGCCUCACAACCUGAAGUGGGGACAGACCUACGAGCAAGACGACAACCUCUACUGCCUCGACGGCAAACCGCUCCUGCUGUUGUUGGUCGGCGAAAUAGAGCAAACAUUUUUCAAGGACCGCGACGGCAACCUCAAGAAGUCCGUCACCGUGUACAUCCGUCCCAUCCGUGCGACGGAUGCCACCAACGCUGCCUCUCUGCUCGCCAGCCUCACCACUUACCGCGGCCCCAUAGAGAACGAGAACAAGUACCUCGGAUCGAUCGGCGCGAGCCGCAGCCAAACGCGGCGCGGACCGAAUGCGGCUGAAAGAAUGGUCAAGAAGUUCACUCAUGCGUACGACGCCUCUGGGGGCUACGGGUCGAAGAAGAAGAUGGCUGCCUUGGAUUGCGAUACCCUCGGGUACAAAGACGUCGUGAUCAUGGAAACUAACAUCGCGCGCUUCCGCUGUGACCCUGCUACGGGUAAGGCGGUCUACGGAGUACGCAACUGGACGACGUGGCGUGCUUCAUUCAACCUGCUCAGCGUCUGCAGACUCUCCCAGGCUCCAAUGACCUCCCGUGAACCCUGUAUCCCGAUUCUCGCAAUUAAACCUUAUCCCGCAAUGCUUGAAGCGCGUAAACGGUACACGAAAGCCACCAAGGGCACCGCAUUAUUGCCAGAGAGCCAGGCACAUGGCAUGUCACUGAACAAAUACGAACUCGGGCACCUCGCCUUCUGCUCCUCGGCCCCUGCUCUUCUCCACAUACAACCACUGCACCGAAGAUGGCGACUACCGACUGUCACAGCGUAUCGAUUCCCGAAGUGGGGGUCUGCGCAUGUGUAUUCGAUCGCCCUUCAGCACUUCGCUAUCGACGAGGGAUUCGACGUUCCGCUGUUCGAUAAUGUCUUCACAGUCAUCACCGAAGUCUCCAGCGAGCGUGUCGACGUGCAAGGGAGUGUGUUCGACGUGUUCUACGUCACAAAGACGAGCACGGGUGGGCCGAACGAAGCCCUGCUUCGCACGCCGCAGGGUCCCGCCUGGAAAGGGGAGUUGAUCGUCCUGCGCCGUGCCAAGAUCCAUAACGGGUACGUCAAUUUGCGCCGAGGCGAUCGCGCCGUUGCCGCAAAGGCUGUCUUCGGCGAAUCUCAACGCCGAGUUAACACCAUUAACUCCGACCCGGGCCCGACCGCUGUCACCGGCGUUGUAGUCUCCGGCGAACCCUGCCGGCGGCGCUAUGCUCCAAACCGGAGACCGAGAUCCCCAGACAGAUGUGAGGGCGAGGGCGACGUCGCUGGACGGGCGGGGUACGAGAGUAUGUAUCUUAAAGCAUUCAACUAUUCAACUGCUAACCGCGGGUCAGACCUCGCCAUUCUGUGUGAGGAUGACGAGCCCGUUGUCAUCAACAUCUAUGGCGCGAUACAUCGUACGAGCCUUUGUGGGUUCCGCUUUGGGGAAGACCCGCCCACCGUGCAAGUGAAGUUGUGGUCAAUAGCCGACGGCAAACAUACCCCCUUCCUCCUACCGAAGUGCAACCCCAACAAUCCCUGUAUUGAGGCGUCUGUCAUGUAUCCGCAACCGAAAGAUCCAAGGGAGGAGGAAACCAAGGUGAGCAUUACGAUGCUGCGUGAGGAAGUAACCAACGCCAUUAUCUUCAGACUUCCAGACAAGGCCAUGGACGUCAUAGUCCGUAAACUGAGCGUCGUUAGCCUCCUGGCUCUGCGGUGCACGAACAAACGGCUAUACUCCUCAGUGACUGCUGAACUGCAACGCGCGAGGGACCUACUACUCGCGCCCUACGUCGACGACACCAUCUCAAUGUGGGGCUUGCUCGAAGAAUACAACGCUGUCGUUGGCGGGAUGGCGGCCCUCGCGUUCUUCCUCCGCGACGAUGACCUUCUCCCAGCUACUCUGGAUGUCUAUGUCAGCGACAACUACGCUCCAGGGAUUGAUUGGGUUCACGGGCACCUUGAGGAACUCGACCUACACUGCGUGGAGGAAAGCGAGGUGUGGGAGGAGCUGCCAGCCGGCGUCGUGAAAUCCUGCGUAUACAGCACCACCAGCGAGCACCUGAUCCGUUUCCUUUGGACGGAAUGGAUGGAGAGCGUUCUGCUCCCUGCAGCGAGUAGCCCGACCACCGCUCUCGCCAACUUCGUCGGGGCGCACGUCUUCGGGUGUGGAUACCCUGAGCAAACCCUACGCCGACACGGGUACACGCGAGGACGCUCGGAGCUCAGCGCUUUUGACAAAGCAUACACGGACUACCUGAAGACCACGGCGGCGUUCACGUACGACGCCUUCACAGACACGGAGAUGGCCGAUGCGGAAGAAGAAGGACGAACCACCUACCGCUGCGCUGCAGUUGCGAACAGCUGUCCAGCGCAAGGCCGCUAUUUCGGGGACAAAGGGUCGAUACUACAGCUCUUCGACCCACUGAACAUUGUUGAAGACCUUCAGGCGCAACAUCAAGUCCCCUAUGGAGUGACCGCAGUGUGGCGGUUCUGCAACGAAGACGAUAGUUGCGACGGCUCAUGCGCUACAUCAGACAGCAUACUACCACAAGGCGUAACGGCGAUCUCGACGGUGCUAGUGGGGCGGUUUACGUUCCGCGCAGCAUUCAUUGGCUGGAGGCACAAGCCUCAACGCUUUCCUCGCCUCCUGAAGGUCUCCGACGUCAACGGUGGGGGCUGGAAGAGCCGUAGGCGACAUCGUCAACUGUACGGGCGCGGUUUGUGA